AUGAACCUUCUCCUCUCCGACGACUACCUGCUGCAGGACUACCCCGAGCACAUCACCAACACAAUCCGGUCCGGCCAUACGACAUGCCUGCGCUUCAGCCGGCGUGGCGACCUGCUCGCCUCGGGGCGCGUUGACGGCACCGUCGUCGUCUGGGACCUCGAGACGAUGGGCGUCGCACGGAAGCUGCGCGGUCACAAGGGCGUCAUCUCGUCGCUAAGCUGGUCUAGGUGCGGGCAAUAUCUCCUGUCUGCAUGCCAGGACUGGCGGGCAGUGCUCUGGGAUCUGCAGGACGGGACUCGGUACCGCGAGGUGCGCUUCAGGGCGCCCAUAUACACCGCGGAUCUUCAUCCGUGGAACCAUCACCAAUUCGUUGCUUCGAUCUUCGACGAACCCCCCGCCCUCGUCGACGUCAGCGAGCCGAACGAUGUCAAAUACUCCUUACCGUCCGCGCCGAAGCGCGCGAACAGCGACGCAGACGCCGCAACCAAAGAGAAACACGCAAAAGAGGAUGCGAAGCAGAUGACCACGGCGACAAUAUGGACGAACACGGGAGAUUACAUCCUUGCGGGCACGAACAAAGGCCGGCUCAAUCUGAUCGACCCCAACACGAGAGAGAUUAUAUGGUCGGAGAAGAUCUGCACUUCUGUUGUCACGACGCUGAGGAUCACGAGAUCUGGCAAGGUGCUGCUGGUCAACUCGCAAGACCGCAUAAUACGCACAUUUCACGUUCCCAAUCUCUCCGCGGACGACCUUGAUCCCGACACGAUGCAGAUGCCGCUUGAGCACAAGUUCCAGGAUGUGGUGAAUAGGCUGAGCUGGAACCAUGUCACUUUUAGUGCCACAGGCGAGUACGUGGCCGCAUCGACCUACAACAAUCACGAGCUGUACAUCUGGGAGCGGAAUCACGGCAGUCUGGUCCGGAUGCUGGAAGGUCCCAAGGAGGAGCAGGGCGUGAUAGAGUGGCACCCGCACCGGUCACUUCUGGCAGCAUGUGGCCUCGAGACUGGCCGCAUCUACAUCUGGUCCGUCACCAGUCCCCAGCGGUGGUCUGCGCUGGCACCAGACUUUGCCGAGGUGGAAGAGAAUGUCGAGUACAUUGAGCAGGAGGACGAGUUCGACAUUCACCCGCAGGAGGAGAUCAACAAGCGUAGACUGGAUGCCGAGGACGAGGACGUCGAUGUGCUGCAGGUCGACCAGGGCAAGGGCUAUGGUGAUGAGAUGGAUGGGCCGACUUUUCGGAUGCCGGUGCUGUUCAAUCUGGGCGAGAGCGACAGCGAGGAGGAGUUUGUUGCAGUAUCGGCUGGUACAGUCCGUCGGCGCAGUGUGGAUGAAGGUGGGGAAGGCGACGGCGCAGACAGUGAUGCUAAGGCAUCGGCGCCCAAGAAAGGGAAGGCCAAGGGCCGCAAAAGGUGA